AUGAAAGCCGUACUGUUGACAUUAAUGCUAGAUAUGAAAGGUUUAUUACACCAUUUUUAUUCUUCAUAUUUUCUUACUUUUAUACCUCGUGUUGUUAGUUGGACAAGCCGCACCAAAAUAUCCAACAACAACAGACGUGAAUCAAUGCCUAUUCAACAUGAAUAUGAAUCUGAAGCUCAUCGUAUAUUUCGUUCAUAUAAAUCACAUACACAUCAAGAUCAAACAACACAAUCAGUUCAUGAAGUUCCUGGAAUAGUACAACCUGGAAGUACAGGUGUCUUAUAUGUGACUGAUCGAGCAAUGAAAAAUGGUUUUACAUAUGGAGCAAAUGAUUGGGCAAAUUUUGGACAAGGAGCGCCAGAAACUGGACAAAUUGAAGGUAAGCCGGUUUUUUUAUCGAACUACCCUUACCUACUGCGAAUGCUAAAAGAGUGAGUGUCGGAGAAAGUGGCGAUGGUGCGUGUGGUUUUAUGGGUUUAUUUAACGAAAUUCUGAAAGUAAUCACCUCAAAAUUGGCGGAUUUAUGUCAGAUGUUGUAGAAUCAGUUGAAAAUAAACUAUGAAAAUUGAAAAUAAAAAUAAAAUAAAAUCUGAAACUAUUAGAUCUUGAUGUUGGCGACUUCAGGAGUCUCGAGUAUUAAAGGACACGAAUGCAAUGAGGAAUAAAAGCCAGAGAGGGGGACGAAAAUUGGGUUGCGGAUUAAAGUUUUAACGACUUUUUAACAUUAAAAGUUUUUUUCGUACAAAGUGUAAGCUUUGUAACCUUUUAUUACAGUCGACAGAUUUGAGUGAAUUUUUAAAAAACUCUUAAAAAUCAGCGAGGGAGUAGAUAAUCUGUUUGCUACGGCUUCUCUGUCAAAGGACUCAAGGUGAUUAAGGGUCGAAAAUCAAAAGGAACCUUACCUUAUUUUUUUCGUGCCCGCUGGUCUUCGUGCAAAAACCCUUCGCUGCCUUUUAUUGGUCAAAUGGUAACCUGUUUUGUGAUUUUCUAUUUCAACAAAGACUUUUAGCCAACACCAAGUCUAUAUUCUUAUUCGUGAGUGGAAACCGAAUCGAAUGAGGGAUCACACAACUUGACCAACAGAUUUUUAUUUUGUAAUCUCAAGAAGUCAUUUUCACGGGACACUGAUGCACGAAAAGUUCUUUGUCUUGAAAUGGUAUGAUCCCUCAAUACGUUCCAGUUUUCAAUGGGGAUUACAAGUGUCUACUUAGUUUAGUAUGAAAAUAUCUCAUGAAAGAGAAGAUCGUAGAAUAAAUCCACGUUUGAGCAGUAAAGUCAACAAAAAUUAUUCGGAAGAUAGAUAAAAUAUCCCAAGACUGACUUUCAUCAUGGUUUUGUUGCGUAAAUGUUCAAUACUAUUAUGUGAGAACACAAUAGUCCUUUAAAAGCCCCCCCAGAAUGAAAUCUUUUUGUAUCACAAAAUCAAUUUAGAGACAAGCACAUGGAAAGAUAGCCUGGAGUGUCUACUUUCAGAAUCUGCAUCGCUUUUGGGUCCAGAACUGGUUUUUCGUGGUUUUCGAGCAAGUUUUAUAGAAGCCUUGAAAACCAGAGUCUUCAGAUAAUAAUUUUUUUCUGGAUACGCUCGGAUUUUACGCAAGUAAAGUUUUUCUGAACACGUCGAUUUUUAGAGUAGACUUUUUUGAUCAAAAUAAAACGUUGUACAACUGUGUGAUCUUGCAUUUAAAAAUUACAAGCAUCUUCCUAUACGUCCUAAGAUACACCAACGGAUGCAUAGUGUUUUCUCUCAAAACACGUUUUUUGUUCGAACAUGUCCAGUGAGGGACACUUUUUUUAAAUAUACUUCAAGCUAGAGAUCUCGGGUUGCUUUUAUUUUAAACCAGACACCUAACGGCGUGGACUGACGGCAGCCGAUUUUUGAAUUAUGCCGUAGUUUACUAGAAAAUCAAAGAUCUUCGGAAAAUCCGAAAGGGUUUUUGGAGCUUUUGAGGAUCUUGAACCUGUAGAAGACGAACAAAGACCUAAAUCAAAAAUCUGAUCCCAUCAGUCCACGCAAACAGAUGUCUAGUUUAAAAUAAAACCAGCCCGAGAUCUCUAGCUUGAAGUAUAUUUAAAAUGUGUCCCACAGUGGAGGGUGGUUUUUGACCUUGGACUCUGGAAACGGUAAGAGAUAGCAAGGAAAGAAAAAUUCAUAACCACCCCUUAAUAUGGCAAAUAUUUGCUGAAAGCGUCAUCAAAAUCAGAUAUAAGACAAAAAAGUUUUUUUCUGAGGGGGUGGCUCUUAAGAAGUUAUUGACUCAGAAUAAAGAGUGCCUCAGAAGUUAUUCUUACAAUCUGGUGGCAAAGAUCGAUCGUAAAUAUUUUUUCAAAGUAACGCAGGUAGCUUGAAACCCAGCGGUUUGUAAUGCAGGGCGUGGGACAGCAUACGUGGGUGCUAUUGACUGAGACAUUUUGGAAUUCUAUAUGAGUUUUUUUUAGCAGAACUAGUGCCUUCAUACAAACAAGCACCGAACCCAGAAAAUAUUUAGACUCUAUACAAGGCUAUUUUCAAAAACACCUGGUCUCAGUCCGAUUAAAAGCCGCGUGGGACCGGGAACAUCCUGCAGAGCCGGAACCGUCUCGCAGAUCUUUAGGUUCCGGUUCUA